AAAAAAGGCGACGACGAACGUUCGCCACCUCCUCGCUCCUCCACCGAUCUUCGAGCCAGAGCUCGAUCGCGAUAUCGCGAUCCGCGGCGACGCAGUGCGUCGCGAUGCGCCGCAGCGCGAUAAAGACGACGUAGGACGGAACGCGCGGCCGCGUGCGAAACGCGUGCGGAAUUCUCGCGAUUGGCGCAUCCACCGCGCAAUCGGAUGGGAGACACGGCGGCCGAGCAGGAAGAGGAUCCUCGCGGAAGACGGACCUCGCUCAUCGUCACUCCGCGUGUUUGUUUUGACGGCCGGUCGCGCACCGUGGGUAUAUGCACGCGCCGCCGCGCCCGCGAGAGGCGAGAGAGUCGGUGUGUCGUAAACACGCCUGUGACAUAUAUAUAGUGCGCGAUUCCCGCGAGAGCGUUUGAUCGUACGAAUCGAGGAGAAGGCGCGCGAGGAUUGGCGACUCCGAUUGCGAAGAUCGACGGAGGUGACUUUCGUCUCGCGAUUGCGACUGGAUCUUUAUAAGUUCGUGACAGGUGGAUCUUCUCCAGGUGAGCCAGGUGUUCGGUUGGAUUUAAUUGCUUCGCGUUGUGACCGGAAUCGAGAGACUACCGGGACUCCUCUAAGGAUCGCGCGCGAAGGGAAUUGUCGCUCCUCUUCCCGGAGGAUGGAAGGAAGGAUUUCGCCUCUUGCCGAAGAAACAUGUCCCGCGGCGGUCGUCGCAACGCGCGAACCGGUUGCGCGCUCUUAAAAUAGUUUCUCACGCGCGUAGGUAACUGGCGUGCACAACCGCCCUCCCGUCGUUGGAACACGAGAGAAAACGUCGUCGUAGUAGUGCCAGGAUGACAAGCUGGAGCGUGUUGUUCAUCGCAGCCGUCGUCGGGAUUCUGCUGCUGACGACCGCGACGAAACGCUCGGAAGCGUGCAACGAGGCGAUCUGCGCCAGCGUCGUGAGCAAGUGCAUGCUCACGCAGAGCUGUAAGUGCGACCUGGUCACUUGCACCUGUUGCAAGGAAUGCUUCUCGUGCUUGAGCUACCUGUACGACGAGUGCUGCUCGUGCGUAGAUCUAUGCCCAAAACCGAAUGUCACCGACAACCCGUUGAGUAGGAAAUCCCACGUGGAGGAAUUCAGCGAUCCGAUACCGGCGCUCUUCCAAGCGCUCACGGCCGAGGCGGAUCCGCAUGAACGAUGGCUUACCUUCACGUAUCCGGUAGAUUUUGACAUGUCGCUGCUCGCGCCGAAACAUGAGAACGAGAUGAAGUAUCAAUUGCGUAAGUAUCGAAUUUUUUGAAUAUUGUGAACUAUU